AUGGCGACCAUCUCCCAGUCGGGGGAGGAGAGCCUCUCCACCCUCGUAUCGGACAUCUCCGUCUUGGAACAACGCAACAGCACCAUAGCGACCAUCGCCAUGGUGCUGGACGUCAACACAGGCAUCAGCACCAGCAAGGAGAUGUUGAAGCUGUCUAUCAUCGAUAUGAUCUUCACGGUUGCCAGUAUCCUGUUGAUAGACUUCAUCAGAGGGCUGGUGGUCAGGUACCUGAGUGACUGCUGCUGCUGGGACCUGAAACCUGAGUAUGGGGAAUUCAAGAUAGCUGAGAAUGUACUCCACCUGAUAUAUAACCAAGGAAUGAUCUGGAUGGGUGCAUUCUUCUCUCCCUGUCUGCCUGCCUUUAACGUGUUGAAGCUGAUAGGCUUGAUGUACCUGAGGAGUUGGGCUGUGCUCACCUGCAACGUCCCUCACCAACAGGUGUUCAGAGCAUCCAGAUCAAAUAAUUUCUACCUGGCUAUGCUGUUGUUCAUGCUGUUUCUAUGUAUGCUGCCCACCAUCUUUGCCAUUGUGAGAUACAGACCUUCCCAACACUGCGGGCCAUUUAGCGGUCAGGAGAAGAUUUAUGACAUAAUCUCGGAGACGAUAGCCAAUGACUUCCCGCUGUGGUUCAGUAAAGUGAUGAGUUAUGUCACCAGCCCUGUCGUAGCGCUGCCCGCUCUGCUGCUGCUGUUCAUGUUGAUAUACUACCUUCAGGCCAUCGCCAGAUCCCUCAAAUUCACCAACAACCAGCUGAGGAUGCAGCUUCAGACUGAGAGAACAGAAGACAAGAAGAAGGUAUUCCAGCUGGCUUCAGCGAGGCUACAGGCCACGGAGGUCCCUGGCGGGGACAGGAAGCCUGACCAGCAGGACAGUGACAUCACCAGCCGCGAGUCGUCCAUUCGCACGCCGUCGCCCCGACGCAACGGCAGCGUCACAAACUUCCAGUCGCCUGAUCGACACGGCAACGGCAUCCGCACCAUCACCCAGUCGGCAUCGAGGGCCGAGAUCGCUAGGGCGACGGCUGCUGCUGGGGCGUCUAGAAGUCCAACAGUGUCCAUACUGCACAAGCAAAGGCCGGAGCACAUCCCUAACAGACACCCUGCCUACCUGGGAGGCCCUAGCGGUACCUGCAGGUCCAAGUCCUACCACCAUGUGGCCUACAACCCCCCGACACGCUACUCCUCAGAGAACAUCCACUCCGACCCCCUCUUCAGGAAGACCAUCAGGCCCAUGCACCCCACAGAGGCAGCUGGGAUAGUGACCGCCCAGAGCUACGUGGGCCGUCGCCCCCACACCACGCGCUACGUCAUCGUCAACGAGCACGAAGCUAGGAAAAAGCUGCUUCGAUCCGCCACGCGCGUCCCUCGCCACUUCCGAGCGGAGGACCCGGUGGGUGAGAUCGUGGAGCUGAUCCCGCGGAAUAUCAAGCGGUAUACUCCAAGGGCUCCGCAUCUGCAUGGGCACCCGCAUAGGUCGAAUCCGCCGCAGUCGCACCUGAGUGAGGAAGAGGAGGAGGAAGAGGGAGGGGGGAAGAGGGAGUCUAGGAGGGGGUUGUUCGGGCAGACGCACCGGCCCCGCUCGCUCUCCGACCUCCACCAGCCGGCGCGCUUCUACAUCGGAGAGCGCCUGGAGAGCAAGUUGUCUAUGGCACCGAAAGACAGCCACACCGCUAGGGGGCGCUACGGCGGUGAAGCCCAAGAAGGGGACUGGGAGGAUAUGGAGACGCGCUUGCACUCCCUCUCCCAGACCAGCAUCAGAGGAGCCGAGCUUCCACCACCAGUCAGGCACACACAGUCCCCGGCCAGACACUCCCACUCCCCGGGCAGACUCGCACACUCUUCCCCCCAGGGCCCUGGAAGACGCCUGGAGCUCCAGGUCAAGCCCAAGACGUCCAGGUCGAAGAUGGAGCCUUCCCUGACUGAGUCGGACUCGGCCUCUCUGGCCUCCAGUAGCGACCAGCAAAACAGCAGCACAGACCAGUACAUCCAGGUCAUUCACAACAAGGAGAAGUACCUCAAGUCUGAGGCCAGGCAAGGCAAGCUGGCUAAGAAGAAGUCCAAAGCCAGUAUAGACACCAACGUGUCUGGGUCUAAAGAACUGGUCUUCUCCAAUGUAUAGUUUGUGUAUUGGUAUUGUGAAUCUAUCUAUGUUUAUUUAACCUUUAUUAAUCCAUGUAAGUUAUUGAAAGCAAAUUAUAUUUUACAAUAACGACCUGUAGAGUUAAUUACUUUGCAAUGGGUUACAUUAAGUCGUAUUGUAAACCACAGAAAAAGUGAAUAGCCCAUUCAUGGCUAAUGCUAUACUUUGUUUGUGUGUGUUAACAAAAAGCUCUAUGUGCAUAACAUGCAUAAUAUAUUAUAUGCUCACAUUGUCAUGGAUACUGUAUUUGCUCUCAAUAAAAUAAAUAUAAUGGUCAAUGGUCCAUAAUAGUGUA